AUGGAUACGCUAAAAUUCAGAGUGAACGCAACAGACGACAUCGACUUCACCCGCGUCGGAAUCGCAAGUAAGGUGGCAAGUCUGUUUGAUCCACAAGGAAUGGCGGCUCCCGUUAUCGUAAAGGCCAAGAUCAAGUUAAGGGAACUUGGAAGCAAAGGACUUCAGUGGAACGAUCCCGUAAGCAGCGAGGACCGCGAUUGGUGGGAGGCAUGGUUUGACGCUUUAAGACAGCUGAAUGAUCUCAACAUCCCACGCUGUUUAUUCCCAGAGGAAGAGAACAUUAUACGUAUGGAGCUACACGCCUUUGGUGAUGCUUCGGAAGAAGCCUACGCCGCCGUGAUCUACAUUCGGAACGUUUACUCCGAUGGACGAACAAUCGUGCGACAAGUUCGAGCAGUGACCAAAUUGGCCCCAAAGAGGACUAUCUCUGUGCCGAAGUUAGAACUGAACGCUGCUCUGCAAGCAGCUCGUCUAGCACGUUCAGUAGAAGGAGCAGUCACCCGAAUCAUACACCGUCGGUACUUUUGGACCGACAGCAGUACUGUAAGAAAUUGGAUUCGGGCAACCGCGUCAAAAUAUCAAAUGUUCGUCAGUCACCGAGUUGGAGAAAUCCAAACAUUGACUCAACCAGAAGAAUGGCGUUUCGUGCCGGGCAAAACAAACCCAUCCGACAUUGCUACACGCUCGGCCAUUGGAGAGGAAGGUCUCCCUCCACGUUGGUGGAACGGGCCGAACUUCCUCCAUGAAACCGAAGAAAACUGGCCCGCCGAUCUCCCAUGGAUGGCCGUAGUUGAGGAGAUACGACCCGUACGAUCACACCAGGUUACUGCCACCACAUCCACAUUUGAUUGGGAAAACGUCAAGGUCAGCGUGGAAGACAUCCCAGCCUUGGUCAGGCUUGAGGGAGUAUUUUACGAGCUCGUAAAAAGGUGCCAAUCUGAAGCAUUUAGUGAAGAAUUACAUCGCCUGAAGAAAGGAAAAUGGCUUCAACCCACAUCUAGCUUACUCUCCCUAGCACCAGUGAUCGGGAUAGAUGGACUCCUAAGACUUGGUGGCCGAGCCGGGCGAGCUAAAUUGCCUUAUGAAGAACUGCACCCGCCACUGCUGCCCGUUCACCAUAUUUUCACAAAACCAUUGUACGAGCAUUUCACAUCCACCUCAAGCACGUCGGAACGGACUACCAGAUCAGCUAUAUUAGACAACACUUCUGGAUACCUGGAGGCCGGGAACUGGUGA